AUGAGAAGCGAUGCAGAGUUGAAAGUGGGGCAAUUUGGACAUGGGCAACGGAACCUCAAGGGUCAGAGGCUGGCCGACUUUCUGGAAAAACAGGGACUCUUUGCGAUGAACUCUUUUUUCCAGAAGCCGCCGCACAGGAAAUGGACCUGGCUGAGUCCUGACGGUUCUACGAGAAACGAGAUAGAUUGCAUCUUGUCGACGAAUAGACGGAUGUUCAGUGAUGUCUCUGUGAUCAACAGGGUGAAAACCGGCAGUGAUCACCGAAUGCCGAACGUCGAUCUAUGGCGCUGCAGUCUUCCGAUGACGCCGAAGCAUAUCGGCGGCUCAAUAGACGGAUCUGGAAGUCCUUGCGACACGAUGUCCUUGCUCACAAUACUGUGA